GCGACCUCAUGUGAAACAUCAUCCCGACGAGCAGGAUCCCCAGUCCGGCCGACGUUGUGCUCUACGUUGGAACGAAUUAAACGCGAUGGAGACGCGAAUUGUACACAUUUGAACCCCACCGACUCUCUCUCAUCUCCUCUCACCGGAAACGACAUUUACCGCACAUAGAUAUUCAGCCAUUUAUCUGAGGCGUAAACAAGGGCGGGCGAGACGAUGUGGAUCCAGGUUCGCACCAUAGACGGGAAGGAGACCCGAACCGUGGAGGAUCUCUCCAGACUGACCAAGAUUGAGACGCUCCGGGUCAAAAUACGGGAUAUAUUCAACGUGAGCCCGCAUCAGCAGCGCCUCUUCUAUCGAGGGAAGCAGAUGGAAGAUGGCCAGACGUUGUUCGACUACAACGUGGGUCUCAACGACAUCGUCCAGCUCCUCAUCCGCUCCCAAACGGACCCUCCAGACAGCCCCUCAGCCAAGGACUCGGUCAAGGACUCCCCAGGCGAGGCGUGUACCUCUGCUCCAGCGUGUGCCGUCCCUCGCUCUGAAAGCCCCGCCUCCCCUGCACCGGUGUCCCCCGCUGCUAUGGAAACCUCCGCUACUAAAGACAAUGACAGCAGUGACAUUACCGAUCCCUCAAAUGACACCAAGCCGGACGUCGUUGCUCCGAGUGACUCAGCUAGCACCAAAAAUGGACUCGGGUCCUGCAGUCCCACACAGGACACCCAGUCGCCCACAUCGAGCAAGAACAUGCUAGUGGACCCGGGAAUUGGGGUGUACAAAAUUAACGAGCUGGUGGACUGCAGAGAUGUGACCGUCGGCGCCUGGUUCGAGGCCUGCGUGGAGAACGUGACCCGCCCCCCAAAAGCACCCACCAAGGGCAAGGUGGGACGCCCCCCAAAAAGGACUAAUGGAAAGCUGGAAGGCGAACAAGGCCAAAGCACAGACACUAGCAGGAAUAAUGUUAAUGCAUUAAACUCUGAAAGCAACGGAGCGUCCACUUCCCAGACAACAGACUCAAGCACAGAGGUCAAGGAGCGAGACGAGGACGUCGUCUACCACAUUAAAUACGAGGACUAUCCGGAGAACGGUCUAGUGGAGAUCCGACCUCUCCACGUGCGACCGCGUGCCCGAACCCUGCUGCGCUUCGACCAGCUUAUGGUGGGUAUGCAGGUGAUGGUCAACUACAACCUGGAGACACCCGAGGAGAGGGGGUUUUGGUUCGAUGCCGAGAUCCAGACCCUCAACCAGACAUCCCGCACCAGCAAGGAGCUCAGAGUCAAGAUUCUCCUGGGGGGUCCUGAUGAUGUCAUCGGGGAUUGUAAGGUUCAUUUCUUGGAUGAAAUCUACCAGGUGGAGAAACCAGGAGCUUCACCUUUGUCUGCUGCAGAUGGACAGUUUAAACGAAAGAGCGGGCCCGAGUGUAAACACUGCAGGGCUGACCCGGAUGCCGAGUGCCGCUUCUGUUCGUGCUGCGUGUGUGGCGGCAAGCAGGACGCUCACAUGCAGCUGCUGUGCGACGAGUGCAACAUGGCGUUCCACAUCUACUGCCUCAACCCGCCGUUGGCCACCAUCCCGGACGAUGAGGACUGGUACUGUCCCACCUGUAAGAAUGACACCAGCGAGGUGGUCAAGGCUGGGGAGAAGCUCAAAGCCAGCAAGAAGAGGGCCAAAAUGCCCUCAGCCACAACAGAGAGUCAGCGGGAUUGGGGCAAGGGCAUGGCCUGUGUCGGCCGUACCAAGGAGUGCACCAUUGUUCCCUCCAACCACUAUGGACCCGUUCCUGGUGUUCCCGUGGGGACCACGUGGAAGUUCCGAGUUCAGGUGAGCGAGGCUGGCGUUCACAGGCCGCACGUGGGCGGCAUCCACGGUCGCAGUAAUGAUGGAUCCUACUCGCUGGUGUUGGCGGGAGGCUUUGAGGAUGAAGUGGACCGGGGGGAUGAGUUUACUUACACGGGCAGUGGGGGUCGCGACCUCUCAGGAAACAAACGCAUCGGAGAGCACUCGUUUGACCAGACGUUGACACACAUGAACAGAGCUUUAGCCCUGAACUGUGACGCCCCUUUGAACGACAAAGACGGGGCGGAAUCCAGAAACUGGCGGGCUGGGAAGCCAGUCAGAGUGGUACGUAGCUCCAAAGGGCGCCGCAUCAGCAAGUACGCUCCCGAGGAAGGGAACCGAUACGACGGCAUCUACAAGGUGGUAAAAUACUGGCCUGAGAUAGGCAAGUGCGGUUACCUGGUGUGGAGGUACCUGCUGAGACGGGAUGACCAGGAACCUGCGCCCUGGACGCCUGAAGGACUGGACAGGAUCAAAAAAUUGGGUCUCUCAGUUCAGUACCCACCUGGCUACUUGGCAGCCAUGGCCAACAAGACAAAGCGGGAGGCCGUCGCUCGGCCGGGUCGCGGCGGCCGCACUAAGCACCAUUCUGGCAGGGGCAGGGGGCGAGGGCGGCCGCGGAAACACCCGAAGGUCGCCAAAGAGGAACACGAGGAUGAUGAGGAGUUUGAGCAGCUCAUGGCUGCUGUGGAGGAGGAGGAAGAGGAGGAGGAGCUGCAAAGCAACGGAGAUCAACAGACAAGCGGUGACAGCGAAUGGACCCCGCCGGUGGAGCCACCUUCCAAGCGUCUGAAGGUCGAGGAGGCCUUCGAAUUGUCGGAGCAUCAGCAGCAGUUAAUUCGAGAGGACACGGCCAAUAAGAAACUGUGGGACGAAGCCAUCGGACACCUUGCAGAAGGACCAAACUUCCUGCGUAAGAUGGAGCAGAUCUUCAUGUGUGUGUGCUGCCAGGAGUUGGCCUACCAGCCAAUCACCACUGUCUGCUCACACAAUGUUUGCAAGACGUGCCUCCAGCGCUCGUUUCGGGCCGAGGUGUACACCUGCCCCGCCUGCCGCCACGACCUGGGCAAGGACUACGUCAUGGCGCAAAACAAGACUCUUCAGAUGCUACUGGACCAGUUCUUUCCCGGCUACAGCAAAGGACGAUGAGAUCCAAGUAGAAGACGCGCCGCAGCACACACACACACACACACACACGUAUAUAUAUGCAUAUAUAUAUGUGUGUGUAUAUAUACUGUCGAGAUGCUCCAUUUUGAAAGAUGCAUUGCACUUACAGCCAUUUGUGUAUACGUACAAUCACACGCACACAAACCACCUCAGUAGGUUCUGACCUCAUCUGUUCUCCAUCAACCUCACCAGCCUGAGAUUUUUAAGCAAGGACGAACUCGCACAGGGACGCUCGCUAGCCCGCCAUUUAGAUCCGUCAAAUUCUGGCCUCUAACUGCAGAGAGUUCCCGCCACUUCCUUAUUGAAGCUGAAGGCCAACAUACUUUUCAUUCCUGCCAACCUGGUCCACAUGUUGGGUACCAUCCAUGCACUUUAAGCUAGUCGGGCCUAUCCCCCUCCAAGCCAACUAGUUUACAUGCAUUUAAAUGCACACAAUAUACACUUAGUCCAGGGGGGGACUUUUUGACUGGUGGGUCACAUUGGGGUCAAAAAAUCACUACGACACACUUGCUCUCGGAGCAACAAAAUCAAAACACAACACAUCCGCAGCAAAUUAACGCAUCACAUACAUCGACAGCUAAGCACUAAACAUAACACGUCCCUAAAAGCAAUUAUUUGUAAAUGCCCGCAAGGCAUGUUGGGUAGUCCAGCUGCAACAACAAUAUAAAAUAUUGGAUAUCAAGAGUGUUAACUUCCUCAACAUAUUUUGUAAAAAUAGAGAAAAUGCAACAAGCACGGCAACAUUUUGGGAGAAGGAGUACAAGCUACCUAGCAUGCCUUGCGGCAGGAAUAUGUGGUUGUUGUUUUUAGCAUGGGUAUUGCCCACGUAGUGAAGUAGGAAGGUUACUUGGUGCGUGUUGUGUUGUCGGCUGCACUUUCCAUGUUUAAAAAAAUAAUAAUAAAAUUUGGAAAUGCCCUGUGGACGGGCACCGAUGUGGCCCCCCACGUUGACUUAGUCCCAACAAGGAGCAUAUGUUAGCAGCUAACGUGCUAACAACCUUGAGUAAAAACGAGCACUCGUUAAGAUUUUCCAUGGAAGCCAUUCAGAACCACAUAAUCAUUCCACAGACAUGAGCAAAAACCCCCCUAAAAGUGACACACCGUGAUCUUAAAACCCCAAAGUGGAGUACUCGCACACUUUUCCCACCACUUAGGCAUCGUUCUGCUUGAUUUACAUCGCUAUAAAAUGCUCCCGUUUGCGCUGUCCAAACCAUCUUGUUUUUAAACGUUUAGACGUGCAUCCAGUAUUUGCGUUUUCUCAAACGCAGUACCAAACUCUCCAUGGAAAAAUCCAAGGCUCCUGCCGCUGUUUGUUGCUAAGCAACCAAAGCUGAAGCCAGCACGGGAGACAGUAAUGACGCAAGCUAGCCAAGCAUUGUAAGGGAACCUGUACUUUUUGGGAAAUUUGCCCAUUAUUCACAAUCCUGAUGUGAAACAUGAAAAGAUAUUUACCUUUUCUGUGCAUUGUAAUAAGAGAAAACCGGUUAGUUUUAGUAGCAUGGAGUUGAAAUAUUAAAGAAAAAUAUGCUAUUGUAAAAAAAACAAAUAACAAUUAAAGUUAGAUUUUUUUGGAAAAUUAUGUAGCUGAAAAAGGCAAAAUAUUAUGGUAACAAAGUCAUAAUUACAUUUAAAAAAUAAUCCAAGACGGAAAUUGAAAUAGUUGAGAAAAACAGCAGAAAUAAAGAUAAUAUCUGUAAUGUAACACAAAUUAAGUCAAAAUAUUAAGAGAAAAAAAUGCUGCAGUUUUAUGAGAAUAAAUUAAUAAUAUUUUGUCAAAAAAUAAUGAUAUUUUAGUAGCAUUGAGUUGAAAUAUUAAACACAAAUAUGCUACAAUUGAGCUAGCUAAAAAUGCUAAAGCCAUAUUAUUAUUGUACUUUUUUUUUUUUUAAUCCUGCCUUACACACACACACACACGCCUAGCUAGCUGCUAGUCUCAGCGUCACUCACAGACAGACGUUACGAGGACUGGGAGCACGAUGUGCUGGAAGACACAGUCAUCGCAAUGAGAGCGGAAAUUGAAAGUGUUGUGGCUGUAUCAAUUGCUGCUGUGGGCUAAAUCCCAAUGACUCGCAUUGUUAGCUAGCUCAUAGUACACUCGUUUUCUGGCUUUAUAAUGCACAGAAAAGGGAAAUAAAUGUGUUCAUGUUUGACAUAAGAUUGGAUAAGGAUGAUGGGCAAAAAGUGCACUUCCUCUUUAAUUUGACAUUUAGCACAUGUAAACUGGUAUAGUAUAUAGCACUGUAUGAAAAGUUCUAUAAAAUACCUUGUAGGUAAAGUUUGGUUGUUUGGUAGUAGUUUUCCUAAUGAUACCUGGAACACGUUGCCCCCUGUUGGUUUGGAGGUGAAGUUGGUGCUGACUUGUAAAAUGAUUCCUCGGUUUUGUCAGUCAUUGACAAUGAAGACGUACUCAGAGCACUUAUUAUAUUUUCAGGCAGGUUUGAUUUUUAUUGCCAGUUUUUACGUUUUUCGUUGUGUUUUACUACAAAGGAGUAUGAGGCCACUGUGGGGGAAAAAAUUAUGAAAAUUACAAGAAAUUUUUUUUUUGUUGUAAAAUACAAUUCUAUUUUUCCGAGAUCAAAAAGGAGUCCUACUUUUUUUUCCAAUAAAAAGAUGUAAUAUUGAGAAUAUAGUUGUUUCCUUUAUUGUUUGGAAAAACAUUUUUUUAAUAUUAUAAAAUAAUCAUUGUCAUUAAAUUACAACUCUAUUCUUGUAAAAUUACAUCAUUUUAUCUCUUCUUUUGCAUGACUUUAUUUUCAUAUGAUUAUGCUGUUUUUUUCUAAUAUUAUUACUGUUUUCACGUUAUUUUCUUGUCAUUCAAAUGUGGACUUUGUUGUAAAAUGACAACUUAAAUAAGUAAAUAAUUGGCUUUUCCACCUAAUAUGACAAUUUUAUUCUUAUAAUGACAGCUUAUGACAGCAUAUGUCAUAUCUUAUAAAUAUGACUUUAAUGGUGGCCUUCGUACUCCCUUGUAUUAUUCCACCCUGCAUGGUACUCCCAAAAGGUUGAUGGUUGGCAGGGGUUAAAGGUGAAAUCACUCGGGCCAGCACAAUUUAAUCAUAAAAGGUGAUUUUGUCGAUGGUUGGGGGCCCCUCCCCUUUUUUUCGGGCGGGCUUGCGUCGCCUUGCGGGACGUCCUUGUGUUUUCACUUCAGUCGUUCAGGUUUUGUUUUUCAACCAUGCAAUUCUAAAUGCUCUUUGAGAAGCUAACUGUGAUGUGCAUUAAUGAUUUUAUUUGAUUUUUUGUUUGUUCUUUGCAUCGACUGGCUAACAAAUAGCGCUCCUUCUCCUGCAGUGACCUUUGCCCCCCCUCCUCCCACCCCUGCUGUCUUUAUGUGAGCCUACAGUACUAACAGUUUUUUAGACGUCUUGUGGACGCUUCAGUGCUGUGUCGUUUUCCCUCUUUUAAAAAAAAAAAUAUUAUUGCACUCUACUGAAGAAGAAAAAAGUCACAUUAUUUUUUUCCUUUAAAAAAAAAAAGCUUACUAUAUCGAUGUCUUUUUUUUUCCUCUUGUAGAUUUUAGUUGCCUUCCGUUGACACUUUUUAAUCAUUAGUCACUUUUAUGUGCUGACCUUUUUGCAGCAUCCGCCAGUCUGUCUUGAGCAGUUCCAUUGCUUCAUAUUGUGAUCCGAAAAUUUUAUACAUGUCAUAAUACUUAAUAUGUACCGAUUAAAUAUUUGGAUUCCACACUCUUGUCUUUAUUGACGGAUUUUUGACAAGGUACAUAGUUCUAAAUAACAUUAGCGGAGCUGUAAAUAUUGAUGUCUUUAUGAUUGUUGAUUUUAAAAAAAUGGUCAUGCAAUUACAAUAUUACAACUUUAUUCUCAUGAAAGUUUUUUUCUAAAAUUACAUUUUUCAACUUUUUUCCUCACAACACCCUAACUUUUACCACUAGUUCUGUAAAAUUGCAUGUUUUUGUUACUUGACUUGUACUGUAAUGUACAAGAGCCCCCUAGUGGUAGAAAUACGCAACUUUCAGGAAGCUAAUGUAAAUGUCCAAUUGUUAACGAAUAACAUUGACUAAAAAGGAGGUAUACUGUCAUGUGUUGGUUCAUUUUCCCUGAGACUAAGAGCCCCCUGGUGGUAGAAAUACGCAACUUCCAGGAAGCUAAUGUAAAUGUCCAAUUGUUGAUAAAUAACAGUGACUAAAAAGGAGGUAUACUGUCAUGUGUUGGUUCAUUUUCAGUGAGACUAAGAGCCCCCUA